GUUCCGUUACCAAAGUAACCAAGACGCCAGAGAAACAUGUCUGCUGUAAUGUCUUCACAAGUAACAAAGUUUACAUUUAAAGAGUUGUCAAAUAAAUCAUUUUCCUUUCUUCGGAACAGGCAUUUCUCUGAGCUUCUUAUGAAAUGGUCAAUGCUUGGAAGAAUAACUGCAUAUGCGUUCAGUUUUGAUCAGGAUUUCAAGGUAUAUGAAAAAGAUCAUUUUGUAUGGGACUUCUUUAAUGAUCCACAUGUAACAUCUGUAUUGAAAACAUUGGACUCCUCUGGACAUUGGGAAGCAUUAGCUUCUAAAGUGACUAAGGUUGAAGCUGAAACUGUUCCAUGCACAGCCAUUUCAUUGUCAUUAUUUGAUUCCUUAUAUACUGCUGGAAUUGUAAGACAAACAGGCCAUAUUGUGAAGUGUUUUGAUGAAGAAUAUGGAGAAUCUGAUGAAUUACGAAAGAUGCUGCUUAUUGAAGACUCAGAAAAUUCCGAAGUAAUCAGUCAGUCAGACCGGCAAGAAUUUAUUUUUCAAAUUUUUAAGCAUUUCUGCCUUGGAGGUUUGCUUUGUCAGUAUGAAGACACUAUCGAACCCUACCUAGAAAUAACACAAUCUGUUUACAAGGACAUUGUUAGUGUUUAUAAAGAUUCAGAAACAAAAAAACUUAAAAUGAUCUCCUGUGUAUUUAAGGUGUCUGCAUAUAGUGGACCCCGAAUAUGUUACCCUGCUGACAACGACCACCACCAGAAUUUCGCCUAUUUAGUCCUUGACCCUGUCAAACGACAUGUGUACGUCUUGCAUCACAGUUUUGGAAUAGGACUGCUUCCUGGGCAAUAGCAUAUCAUGAAGUAAAUUUGUUUUAUAAUAUUGAAUUACAUUAUUUAUAUGCCUUCUCUCACCA